UCUCGAUGCAAGCAUCCCUGUCACCUUUGACCUGAUGAUUACGAAUCUUGGAGAAGAUUUCAACAAAAUUUUUGACGGAUCGUCAAAUUAUGAAUUCGUUGCAAGCAUCGCCAGCAACGACAACUUGGACAAUGGCAAUACAACUCGUAUCACGUUUAAUGUGGAUGUAAGUUCAGCGUACGACCUGGGCGCUGGCAUAUCUAAAUAUGAUACGAUCAUAGUUACAUCAUUGAAAGCAGACAUUAAGAUUCCAUCAACAGACUGUAGUAUAUAUCAGUACUUAUGUAUGAGUGUGACGGUACCGAGUGGUGCUUCUUACACUGAUGGUAACCUUGACAACAGUCAUACGUGUUUACAGAUGGGCAAUGUCGAGGAUGGAUAUGGAGGCAUUAAUCCAUGUACCAAUAGUGGCAGCACCGGGACGAACACAAAUGUGUCGCUGGUAAUUAUGGUUUUAGUGCUGAACUCCAUUUUGCCCUGAAGAUAAAUGCUACCGAACAUCGACCAGCUUGUGAAUUUCGAGUUGACUUUAUAUUAUAAUAGUACUUUGAUAACAGAACAAGUACUAGCAUAAACAUCAACUAGUAACAUUAUCUAUUUUCCCCAAGUCUUUUUAUACCCGUAUUUAUCUUUAUUACACUAAUAUUUAUU